UUAUAUUAUCAAGCUUAUUAAAUGAUAAUUUAGUCGCAUGUCUUAUCUGGACACAUAAUACGUACCAUAAUCAGUCGGUGAGGCUCGGACUAUCAAGAGGAUUUCAAGACGACUUUAAAAGCCGGGGUGCAGCUGAGGAAUACUAUUACUUAACUCUUUGCGUGUGUCUUCAGUGAAGAUUUGUGAGUCUUGUUUUGUCUAACUACAUUUGUAUGGAACUCUUAUAGACGAUUUUGGAUGUCAACAGAUCCCAGUACCAUUAGACAACUGAGUGAAGAAAAAGAUGAUACGACUUGGUAAAAGACAUCGAUUUAUAGUUGUAAUGACGGGAUUUAUCAUAAUUUUUCUGAAAGUUUUAACACUGACCAAAAAUCCAGUUUUGAAUAUUUCUCAAAAUAUUAGAGACGAGAUCACUGCAAGACAAGUACUCAGCCUGCCACCAUUAUCACCAGACUGGAGAAGAAAAGCCAUGAUGUUCAAGAUUGAUAAUUCGAAUCAGCGAUUUCUGACAAUAGGCAUUCCUACAGUCCGACGACAACAUUCAAACUAUUUUUUGGAAACACUGGAUUCACUUUUAAACUGCACUUAUAAAGAAAAUAUACCGAACAUUUUUAUUGUCAUCUUUUUAGCAGAUUUCAAUGCAACAUGGAAAUAUGAAAUGGCAAACAUAAUUGAACAAAGAUAUUCAAAAAUAGUGCUAGAUGGAACUUUACAGAUAAUAGAAGCACCAACAGAGUUUUACCCGUCGUUAGACAAUCUGCACCAUACAUACAACGAUAGUAUAGCAAAAAGAAAAUGGCGGUCAAAACAAAAUGUCGACUAUGCCUUUUUAUGGCUGUAUAGCAAAGAGCUAUCAAAAUAUUACAUGCAGAUGGAAGAUGACAUUUUUACUGUGCCCGGAUAUCUAAAUGUUAUAAAAGAGUUUAUUGAAGCACAAAAGACAGACUGGACCUGUUUAGAAUUUUCGGAAUUAGGCUUCAUUGGUAAAGUUUACCAUUCAAAAUAUUUAGAAAAACUUGCUAAAACGGUACUGCUUUUUUAUGAAGAACAACCUGUUGACUAUACAUUUUUAUAUUUCAACAUUUUGAAUUUACAAGGAAGCCGCAUAAUAAGACGCCCGACACUUUUUCAACACGUUGGAUUUCAUUCUUCAUUGCCAGGUAAAAUACAACCUUUAAAGGACAAAUUUUUCGAUGACAUUAAAAAGACCUUACAUGGGGAUAACCCACCUGCUAAAGUUCUUACGACGUUGAAAAUUUCACCAGACUUUUUGCCAGAUUUAGCAUACUCUAAAAUCGAUGGAUACUUUUGGGCUCAAUCUGCCCCUGUUGUUGAUGACACAGUUCAUGUUUUAUUUGAUGAACCGCAAAAUUUAGAAAAAGUUGUCAUUUUAUCAGGGUCUCAACAACACCCUACAGAUAAGAUAGAGAAUGCUCGAUUAGAUGCAUGUUUAAGCGUAAAGAUAUCAGGUGACAACCGAAUAGAGUGUUUUAACAACAUAUUUUUGGGUUAUUCAGAAAACGGAACUUUAUUAGCAGAUAAUUUAGAAAAGAAAUUAGAUACAUUUAUGGUGACUUGUCUGAAAGUAACUUUUACAAAGAGUCAACAAUGGUGGUUAAUUAUAAAAGAAAUAGCGGUCUUUGUAAAUAAAGCACACAAAAUAUAAACAGCUAUUUUGCAGUGCAAUGUAAUGAAAUCAAAAGUGCAAAGGCAAACGAAUUGCACCCUCCAGAUUGUAGGAUACUAAACGAAUCGCAUACAUGUUAAAUCAAGACUCGAUAAGAAUUUGAUACUUCAACUGGGUUAAAAUGGUUAGUUUAUAUUUUUCUACACUAUACUGUUAAAUAUAUUAAACAACAUGUAUGUUAUUGGUCGCCAUGAGAGUUAAUAUCUUAAAUUACAUGUAUGUUAUUGUACGCCAUGAGAGUUGAUAUCUUAAAUUACAUGUAUGGUAUUGUACGCCAUGAGAGUUGAUAUCUUAAACGACAUGUAUGUUAUUGGUCGCCAUGAGAGUUAAUAUCUUAAAUUGCAUGUAUGUUAUUGUACGCCAUGAGAGUUAAUAUCUUAAACUACAGGUGUGUUUUUUUAACGCCAUGAGAGUUAAUAUCUUAAUCUACAUUAUUUUAUUUUACGUUGUGAGAGUUAAUAUCUUAAUUUACAUGUAUAUGUUAUUGUGCGCCAUAAGAGUAGUCGAAAGGAGGCUACAAUGUACAUCAUGGCAAUCUUUUAGUCGAUUCAUUAUAUUUUAAAGCACUCCUAAAUGCACAAUAGAGGAAAAUUGAAUUUAAACGCUACCAAUUUCAUUUACCUUAAAAUUGGAUUGAAAUUUCGAAUGCCCUGUCAAAAAUGAAAGACUUUCCCAAAUUGAUUAAGCAAUUUUUGUAUUGUCAUUAUUCCAAUAUUUUGAAAUGACAAAUGAUUUGACUCUCACUACAUUGUGAAAUAAAUAAAUAAAAGUAUGCGUUAUAUAAAAUAAGAAGAUGUGGUAUGAUUGCCAAUGAGACAUCUAUCCACCAGAGACCAAUCACGUAGAUGUUAGCAACAAAAUGUCACCGUGCGGCCUUCAACCGUGAGGAAAACUCGUACCGCAUAGCAAGCUAUAUAUAAAACGGCUCCGAUAUGAAAAAAUGUAAAGCGAGAAAACCAACGGCAUGAUUUAAGUACAAAAUGAAACACAAAUUUCAAAUAUGACAACCAGUAAAUUACAGGCUCCGGACUCAAGUCAGGCACAUAAAGAAUGUGGCGGGGUUAGACAUGUUUACGUGCACCAAAACCUCCCAUAACCUGCGACAUUGGUGUUACAGCACAACAUAAGAACAAACUAUAAAAAUCAGUUGAAAAGGGCUUGAUUCAUUUAUACAUUGAUACAAAGCACAAAACAACUAACAAAACACUCGAGACACGAAGGUGUGAUUAAAAUUUGGUACGCAAAUUGGCCUCAUAGUUUGCAGGAAAAUUGGUUUUCGACGUUCCGGAAAGUUUGGUGACGUCUUCUACAAAAUUCCACAUGCAGAACAAACGUAGGCAGCGAUUCAGAUAAAAAACAAAUACAUUUGAAAACGAGAAACAUUAACGGUUAGUUGUGCGCAAGUCCUAACUGACUAAAACCAGGUGACAAUUUAAACAAUAUUAAAUAUUCUGAUGACAGCAUUAAAACCAAACCUGAAUCAACCAUGGUCGUGUUUGUCUCAUGAAAAGUACGAAAGGAAUUGAAUGCACAAGACAAUUAUCUCCUGUGAAUAAAAAGACGAUUACACAUUUUUUUUUUCAAAAGAAAGACGCUUUUACUUGUGUCCUUUAUCUAAUCACACCUUUGGACAACAUUAGAUUGGCUCCAAUCGUCGGCUGAGAUGAUACUUCAUGAAAGUCUUUGAUAACCAAACAUGUCUUGGACCGAAUAAUGAAGAAUAUGCACAUAAAACUCACUUAGUCUAUCAGUCGUUUCUAAUCAUCAGAACUAUUCACAAAAAGACAAUCUCACGGAAUCGUCAAGUCUUUAACUUUGAUGAGAUUGAAAUUAGCAAUUAGAUAGAAAACUAACUCUUAAAAUGAAAAAAGUACAUAUAACCUGUGUCUUAAACAAAUAUUUGUAACUAAAAAAUUGUAUGAACACAAAUUACGUUGUACUUUAUUGUUGUGUUGUAGUUCAGAGUUAUCUCGCAUUUGCCACAAAUAAGAAACCGGUCUUGAGCUUUAUUCGAAGUAUUUUCUGCACAUGUAUUGUCAUGGACAUCAUCUGAAAUAAAAGAACACGUUAU